AUGGAGUAUUCUUAUCAACAAUCCGUAUCAUCACAAAUGGAACAACGGGGAGGAGCCAUCUAUCGCCAAUCAAUCUUGACCAAUGAGGAAUUCAAAAUUGUCCAAAAGGAGCUAUCUACCUUGACCAACCGUUUGAAUGACGAGACGGCAUCAACGGUUGCCGUCCAUCGACAGGGAGCUAGACUGGCACCCAACAGUCAAACGUACAAGAUUCUCAAAUCGGGGAGUCUCUUUGACUACAUCCGAAAGGUUUCGGGCGAUGAUUCCAUGGUCCUUUCUACAAACUUGCCAGUGGAAGUCCGACUUUACGAAAAAGUUGGGGCCAGCAUGGCUUGGCACGAAGACGAUGUCUUGUACGAUCCACCCCAAGUGGAAGCUGUGAUUACCAUUGAAAACAAUUCGGAUUGUGUCACCAUGUGGAAAGAUGGAGAAAAAUUGCUCUCUCGUGAGACAGACCCAAACUCUGUGCUGCUGCUACAAGCCGGUGGGCCCUUGCAUUGUGUGACAUCCUUGAAACGGGGACGUCGGUUGAUUCUCAAGUGUGCUUAUCGCAGUGGGAAUGCAAGCUAUCGAGAAGGUAUCCACAAGGAGACAUUCGGGGUAUCGAAGUCAUCAAAGAGGAAGAAACAAAAGAGCAAACGAUAG